CUUGUAGGCUGUGAACUGAAGGCUGACAAAAAAGAAUAUGCAUUUAAAGUGGAUGAUGAUGAAAAUGAUCAUCAGCUGUCUUUGAGAACGGUUACUUUGGGUGCUGGUGCUAAAGAUGAGCUGCAUAUUGUUGAAGCUGAAGGAAUGAACUAUCAAGCAAAACCAAUAAAGAUUGUACUUGCAUCCUUGAAACCAUCUGUACAACCAACGGUAUCUCUUGGCGGCUUUGAAAUUACACCUCCAGUGACUUUAAGACUUAAGGCGGGUUCUGGUCCUGUAUAUGUGAGUGGGCAGCAUCUUAUUGGAUUGGAGUCAUCGGAUGAGGAUGAAGAGGAGGAGGAGGAAGAAGAAAAUGCUGCCAUAGUAAAAAAUGCAAAAAGGGCUGCAGCUGCUUCUACAUCAAAGGUUCCACAGAAAAAAGCAAAAAUAGCAGAUGAAGAGGAUUUUGACGAGGAGGAGGAUGAUGAUGAAGAGUGA